UAGAAGUACUACAUAUAUACAACAACGUCCGAGUGAUCUCCCUGAAUCUAUUCCUUGGCCAUCAGGUCGUGAAAUCGCUGAUCAAAUUGCGAUAAUAACAUCACUCAAUUAUCCUGAAUUCCAUUCACCCAAGCUCCACGGCAUAAAUGAUUCUGCAUUUCCGGAUAAAUUGAAACCUAUCCAGCCAAUUUUAGAAAUAGCUCACCCAGCACAUACUAAAAUGUUGUGUGCUAUACUACAUCCAGAAGAUACUAGUUGCUUGGCAAAUUACUCAAAAUUCAUAGCUAAGGAGGGUAUUACAGCUCUAAAAUUUAUGACAUUAGUGCAUCUUGCACCCUUGCUCUUCAGGAGUAGAGUUUCCAUUAAAAAGUUUAACUUAAUGAUUACUCAAAAUUUGAGUAGCGUUGUGCCAUCGAUAUUUAAAAGUGCAACUUUCAUUACUAUGGCAAUUGCUACUGCAUGGGCUUUAUUAUGCGGCUUUCAAAAUAUUCUUCCUAAAAAAUUUAUGCCUGUGACUAGAAUAUACGCGAACGGAUUUAUAGCCGGUCUAUGGAUCUUGGUUGAAAGCCCAAGUAGAAGGUUAGAUAUCGGAUUGUAUAGUUUAAGACUAUCAAUUGAAUCAUUUUGGAAACUUUUAGUUAAAAAUGGUAAAACUCAACCAAAAAAUAUAACACCAUCCUAUAUGAGGCAGGCAAUACAAACUUUGCUUCAAGAACGUAGUUGA